AUGAAAGAGCUCUUUCAAAUCCGACAUCGCCACAAAAGGCAGGGCCUUCAGGAAGUCGAAACCAAUGCCAUCAAGCCCCCGGGCUUUGAGCGCCAUCUGCCGAAUGGUAUACCAUAUGUGCCCUUCAGUGAGAGGGGGAAGCGCACUUGCUUCUUCACGUCCUUUGUGAAUCAACUGCUCAAGGCAUUUGAGCUGGACUUGUUCUGCUUGGACUUGCCAUAUGGCACCGCAAGCGGCGCAGAAGCGCAGGUGGCGCAAGUGGCGCAGGCGGCGCAAGCGGCGCAAACGGCGCAGGCGGCGCAGGCGGCGCAGGCGGUGCAGGCGGCGCAAACGGCGCAAGCGGCGCAGGCGGCGCAGACGGCGCCAGCGGCGCAAGCGGCGCAGGUGGCGCAGACAGCGCAGACGGCGCAGACGGCGCAGGCGGCGCAGAAGAUGCAAUCGGCGCAAGCGGCGCAGGUGGCGCAAACGGCGCAAGUGGCGCAGGCGGCGCCGGUGGCGCAAGUCUUGGGAUUUCGAGACGGUCUUGAGAUGAAUGCUCAGGCAGAUCUGCGGGCAGCCUCCAAGUACCGAUGGAGAAACUUGAGGACCUGUGGACAGGCGCACCUGGAGCUUCGCAGUUUGGAUGAGGCAAAGGAAGACUUCGAGCGAGCCCGUGAGUUGGAACCAGAUCCAGCCAUUGAUAAGGAACUGAAGAGGUUAAGGCAGGCUUUCUCGCAGCAUGAUGCCAAGGUGUGGCUACAGGGAAGUUUCCAAUUCAGUGAUGAAGUUGUUGCAAAGAGAUGCGAAAAGCGCUUUCUGUUCAAAAAGUUACACAUGGCUUGUCAUGCAAAACAGGCUGCGCUAAGCUGUGAGGUUGGAGGCCAUCCCUAUUAG